AAUUUGCUUAGAACCGACCCUAACACGAACAUGAACAUGAAAAGUUUCAACUAGAGUUUUGUCUCUGGAAAACUAUUCCGUGGUCGAGACCUCUAUCAGCCGUUUCGCGUUUGCGUUUGCGCUACGUGCAGUGGAUGACAUCGAUAUGUCAAUACUUGUCAAGUACGAAAUCUUGUAAAAGAAGUGUACGAGAUGUCGUAGGACUACACGACGUACUCACAAAUGAAUCGUAGUUGCGAUAGUGGUUAGGUUAUGAAAAAGUCGAACAAAUACUGGACAGGUGUGGGUAACAUUUCAACAGUGUGUUUGUCCGAGGUGAAGAGGGACCGCGAGGACCUCGAAGACAGUCUUCCAACGUUUUACAUGAAGGAACAAGAUAUUCCUGAAUAUUUGGAAGGCUGUGGUUUAACCACCUGUACAGCCGGUGACAUGCCUGAGGACGUAGACGUCUUACGGGAUAAUAAAGAGCAGACGAAAGAGAAAAAAUUAUCGUCCGCGUCUAUAGCUGGUCCCGAUACCAAGAAAACGGUAACUGUCAAACAUCCCGAAUCAAAUAAGCCGAAACCAACUACGAAAAAAGGUAAACCGAUACAAGCCGAUUUAGACGUUUCUAAGGAAUUCACGAGAUGCAGAGAGGAGUGCGUGAAGCGGUUGGAUUUAAGCAAAUCCAGUAUUACUAAUCUGCCCAGCACGGUACGAGAUUUGACGCAUUUAGUCGAGUUUUAUUUGUACGGUAACAAACUCGUAACGUUACCACCGGAAAUAGGAUGCCUUGCAAAUUUGGUAACGUUGGCUUUGAGCGAAAAUUCCCUUACCAGUUUACCGAAUACCCUAGAAAAUUUGAAAUCGUUAAGGGUCCUUGAUUUGAGGCAUAACAAGUUAAGCGAAAUACCUGACGUUGUUUACAAAUUGACAAGCCUUACAACUUUGUUCUUACGCUUCAAUCGAGUCAGAUACGUGAGCGACAAUAUGCGAAAUUUGACAAAUUUAACCAUGUUGAGCUUGAGGGAGAACAAGAUCAAAGAACUUCCAGCUGGUAUCGGCAAGUUGAUUAAUUUGAUAACAUUUGAUGUGUCUCAUAAUCAUCUAGAACAUUUACCCGAAGAGAUUGGAAAUUGCAUUCAGUUGUCCACGCUUGACUUGCAACACAAUGAGCUUCUGGAUAUUCCUGAUACAAUUGGAAAUUUAGUCUCGUUAACGAGAUUAGGACUUAGAUAUAAUAGAUUAGCCAAUAUUCCAAAAUCAUUGGCAAAUUGUAAAUUAAUGGAUGAAUUCAGCGUCGAAGGAAACCAAGUAUCUCAAUUACCGGAUGGACUGCUUGCAAGUCUCUCUGACUUGACCACAAUCACAUUGUCUAGGAAUGCGUUUACUGCGUAUCCAUCGGGGGGACCAGCCCAGUUUACGAAUGUUCAUUCUAUAAAUCUCGAACAUAAUAAGAUCGAUAAAAUACCAUAUGGUAUAUUCUCUAGAGCAAAAAAUCUAAGAAAAUUAAAUAUGAAAGAAAAUCAAUUGACUGCUUUACCGUUAGAUAUCGGUACGUGGAUCAAUAUGGUUGAAUUAAAUUUGGGUACAAAUCAACUUACAAAAAUUCCAGACGAUAUUCAUUGCCUUCAAAGUUUAGAAAUCUUAAUACUCUCUAAUAAUCUGUUAAAACGUAUUCCUGCCAGCAUAGCAAAUUUACGUAAACUCAGAGUCUUAGAUCUUGAAGAAAAUAAAAUUGAGACUCUACCUAAUGAAAUUGGUUUUCUAAGAGAUUUGCAGAAAUUAAUUUUGCAAUCUAAUCAGGUAACUUGUUUACCAAGAGCAAUCGGUCAUUUAACAAAUUUGACGUAUUUAAGCGUUGGAGAGAAUAAUCUAAAUUAUUUACCUGAAGAAAUUGGUACAUUAGAAAAUUUAGAUUCGUUAUAUGUAAAUGAUAAUGCAAAUUUACAUAAUUUACCAUUUGAAUUAGCUUUGUGCACAAAUCUCAGUAUUAUGUCAAUUGAAAAUUGUCCACUUUCUCAAAUCCCACCAGAAAUAGUUGCAGGAGGUCCUUCCUUAGUAAUUCAAUUUUUAAAAAUGCAAGGACCUUAUCGAUCCAUGUAACAAAACUAGAAAGUUAUC